AUGGUUAAAACUCCAAUAAAGGUCAUAGUGCGCACACGACCAACUGUUGAAUUUGCAUAUAAGAACAUCAAUAUCAACGAAAAUACAGGACACAUUGCAAUUAAUAUACCAAAAUCAGCUGAACAAGGUAUGAGAUUUGUGAAUCAUUAGUAAGAAGAUUGGGGCUUCACUUUUGAUAAGGUUCUUUAGAAUGCUAGUCAAGAGGUUGUAUUUGACAUAUGUGGCAAAGAAUUAAUUCACAGUGCUCUUGGAGGAUAUUCAGGGACCAUAAUGGCUUAUGGGUAGACUGGAGCAGGAAAGACAUUCACAAUGAUGGGAUCUCAGAUUGAUUAUAAAUAUAGAGGAAUGAUGCCAAGAUGCAUAAGUUUACUAUUUCAAGAAAUUGAAGCCAGAUACGAAUAAUAAAUUACCGUAGGAGUUUCAUAUUUGGAGAUAUAUAACGAAAUGAUGUAUGAUUUAUUGGCUGGAGGAGAUCAAAACUCUGGUUUGGCAAUCCAGGAAGACAACAAUGGCUAUGUGUAAGUCAAAGGAUUGACGAUCAAAAGAUGCUAAACCGAAGAAGAUGCAAUAGCUUAAUUAUUUGAAGGAGAAACCAAUAGGACAAUCAGUGAACAUAAACUCAAUAAAGCAUCAUCUAGAUCUCAUUGCGUAUUUACAGUCCAUUUAGAGAUAAGAUCUAAAGUGGAAUCUGCUGAAAAAGUCAUUAUUAGUAAACUGAAUCUAGUGGAUUUGGCAGGAUCUGAAAGAACAAAGAAAACAGGAUCAGAAGGUAGAACUCUAUUGGAAGCCUAAUUUAUCAAUAAAUCACUCUCAUUUUUAGAAUAAGUAGUCGUAGCAUUAUCAGAGAAAUAAAGGGAUCACAUUCCCUAUAGACAAAGCAAAUUGACAAAUCUUCUCAAAGAUUCUAUUGGAGGCAACAGCAAGACAGUUAUGAUUGCUAAUAUAUGGCCAGAGAAAAAUCAAUUGGAAGAAACUAUAUCCACUUUGAAAUUCGCAUAAAGAAUGAUGAAGGUCACUAAUGAGUCUUCCAUAAGAGUUAAUUUGGAUCCAUAAGUAUUGAUAAAAAAGUACGAAAAAGAAAUCAAAGAUUUGAGAUAGGAAUUAGCUAUGCAUGAUACAUUGGCUAAUAGAGGUAGGAUAUAAUAUGAACCAUAUACACCUGAACAAUAAUACAAAUAAUAAUAGAUAGCCUAACAAUUUUUGAAUGGGGAACUUGAAGAUAUUGAUAUCGACUCAUUAAGAUAAGUCAAAGAAUUAUUCUUCCAAUUUAGGAAUCUCUACAGAAAUUUAGUUAAAGAUUUGGAAAAUAAAAAUUACAUUCCCAGAACAGAAAAAGAACCUGAUGUUUCAAAGAAGAAGAGUGACUAGGUUAAAACAGUAGAUCCUGUUGGAUAUGAAGAAAAUAAACAUGGAUUCGGUUUAGGUAAGGCAAGAAAGGAUGGGAAACCAACAACCAAUAUAGAGAACUUAGUCAAUAUUCCUAAGGAUGAAUUCAAACAGUUGGAUGAAAAGGCAUAACAAGAAAUAAGGAAGGAGAGUUAAAUUACAGAGGCCAACAAGGAAUCUACUAUUGAAAAGAGAAUUGUCAAUGUGGAUAAAUAGCAAGCAUUUACUGAUUUUAAGAAUAAAGAGGGGUUCUUCAAUUAACCAACAAAUAUUAGAAAAUAUUGUAACAUUUAUAAGAUCUAUCAUUUAGAAUCAAUUGAAAGAAGAAGAAGGAUAGCAUUGUCUCUCAGUCAGAGGUUUCAAACAAACUCAAAACUUUGA